CAAUGCCUCUAGUCGUACCUUGCAUGUAUAAUGGGACGAAUGUUCAUGCGAUUUCUGGUCACCGCAUCUCUAAUGUCCGUAUUGGCCGUGAAUUCGAAGGAAACCAAGGAUGAAUCGUGUCAUUUUUACAAAAAAAAACCUUGUGCUCCGAAUGUGAUAAAAUUUUAUCUCUACUCAAGUGAUUUUCCGGAAACUCCUGCAAUUGUGUUAGAUAAUUACAAUCCCAUAGUUCCACGUCACAUAGAUUUGACAUACAAAACCAAACUGCUUAUUCCUGGCUACGCUGAAAAUAUUUAUUUGAAUGAAACAAGAUUAAUUCGUGAAGAAUAUUUGAAACAACAUCGCGUGAACGUUCUAACUAUAGAUUGGCUUAGACUUUCUGAACUUCCGUGUUACCCAUCGGCCGUUUUCAAUGUUCGACAAGCGGGAAAAUGUACAGCAAACUUCCUCGAGAGACUUCAAGGCAAUAAUCCAAAGUUCAGCUUCGAAGAUCUCCAUGUCAUCGGUUUAAGCCUGGGUGCCCACAUGCCAAGUUUUACCAGCGACAUGCUGCAAGCACAAAUUGGGGUUAAACUCAAGCGUAUAACAGGUCUUGAUCCUGCCCUUCCAAUGUUUAGAACAGCAACGCGGCGAUGGAAGUUAGAUCCUUCUGAUGCCAAUUUUGUCGAUGUGAUACACACAAACGGUGGAUUAUUUGGGAAACUCGAACCUUGUGGUCAUGUUGAUUUUUACGUCAAUGGCGGACGAACACAGCCUGCAUGCAAACAUGUUUCACUUCCAGUGCUUUGUAGCCACCUGAUGGCCCUCGCGUACUACACCGAAUCUAUCUCCACUAAUGUCGGCUUCUGGACAACACAAUGUGACAGUUAUUUUGAGUACAUUUUCACAUCUUGUCGCUUCAACGUGGCCUCCCCGAGGGGCCGCAAAAAUAGAACACAAAUAUUAAUGGGCGAGUACUGUCCGACGAGUGCCAGAGGAAUUUAUUUUGUUCAGACAAAAACCACCAUACCAUAUGCUCUAGGUCUUCAUGAAAGGAUAAACAAUAUUAUAUUAUAGGUAAAACAUAAUAUACACACAGGUAUAGUUAUAGUUUUAGGAAGUGCGCUGACUACUCGAGUGGUGAAUUGGAGGAUAGAGAAUGGCGACAGGAACAAUCUUCAAAGAAAAUCAGUGACAUCGUAAGAUUGACGAAACACGCUUUAAGCAAGGCCAGCUGAAGUGAUGCUCAGAAGAUUCAGAUGGGGCCGACAUAAAUGGUGGCUAAUGAACAAACACACUGGGAUUCUUCAAUAGAGCUUUCCUGUGUAACAUACUGUAA